AUGAAGAGCCCAAUCCCUGUGGUGCUUCUGGCCUGUGGUUCCUUCAACCCGAUCACCAACAUGCACCUGCGUAUGUUCGAGGUGGCCAGAGACUACCUACACCAAACAGGUGUGUACCAGGUGAUCAAGGGCAUCAUCUCCCCCGUCAAUGACAACUAUGGGAAGAAAGACCUCGUGGCGGCCCACCACCGGGUGGCCAUGGCCCGGCUGGCCCUACAGACAUCUGACUGGAUCCAGGUGGAUUCCUGGGAGAGUGAGCAAGCACAGUGGAUGGAGACGGUGAAGGUGCUGAGGCAUCACCGCAGCGAACUGCUCAGAUCCCUGCCCCAGAUGGAAGGCCCCGGCGACAAGGCACUCUCCCUGGCCCCUGCAGCUGUGCCAGAGCUGAAGCUGCUCUGCGGGGCAGAUGUCCUGAAGACCUUCCAGACUCCCAACCUCUGGAAAGACGAGCACAUCCAGGAAAUAGUGGAGAAGUUCGGCUUGGUGUGCGUGGGCCGGGCAGGCCACGACCCUAAGGGGUACAUCUUAGAAUCGCCCAUCCUCCGGAGGUACCAGCGCAACAUCCACCUGGCCAGGGAGCCUGUGCAGAAUGAGAUCAGCGCCACGUACAUCAGGCGCGCCUUGGGCCAAGGGCAGAGCGUGAAGUACCUGCUCCCCGAUGCUGUCAUCACCUACAUCAAGGACCACAAGCUCUACACCAGGGACAGUCCCUAGACAGGCAAAAGCACCCCGAGGAACGAAGAACAGACAGGUGGGAUUCCAAAAGCCAGCUGCUCCUCCACUGAGCUCCUUCUGGGGAGAGGGCUGUUAGGGUUUUUGUUUUUUUUUUUCUUUUUUUAUUUGUUUUAUUUCUGCAACGAUUUUACUUCUGAGGAGUUUUCUGCUCCAGGAACGAUUCCUUCUUUUGGGAUCUCUCUGUCUACAUCUCAGGAAUAGACAUUUCUCAAAGAAGAUGGUGGCAGGUCAGUAGGAUUAGGCAGUCUCUCAGAACCCCUAGAUGAAGAGGCCUUUUUAUUUUAUGCAAAUAGUUAAUCGUGACAAGCCACAGGGAGCGUGCACACCAACCCCUGUUGCGGGUAUGGCAGGGGCCCCGAGUCAUAUCAAAACGACCCACAAUGUGUUCUUCAACACGCACUGUGCUGGUCUUGACUGGAGAGAUUUGACAGGAUGUUAAUUUUACCCAACAGUAGGCUUUGUUGCCACCCUUUUUGCAAGCAGAAUAGUAUUAAUUGAGGAGUGAAAAAUCUGGAAGCAGCACUUUGCUGCUUUACACUGAAUCUUCCCUUAGGAACCAUUCUCUGCCUGCCUACUGGCCACUGAUAAAAUUUAAACUCUAAGGAGUGAUCCUCAAACUAUUUUUGAUACAACGAUAUUUUUAACACCGCUGUCCUAUAAACGCCAGGGCUCCUGAUUUCAGGAUUUCUAAAAGGAACUGAGGUAAACCAGAUGCCUUGGCUGUGUUAGAGGCUGUUUUUAAAUGUUUUAUGACUGCCUGCCUGUUUGAAUAUCAGCAAAGAGAUAAAUAAUAAAUUGACAUC